GUUCUGAAGGCAUGUACUAUUUACGUGGAUGUUUGGAUGUCUCAUGGGGAAAACACAUCACCACUAUUUUAUGAUAUUGCAAAGAGUCUAGGAGCACAGACUGUAAAGAGCAUUGGGCCACUAUGCACCCACAUCGUGUACACAUCAGGCAGUCAAAAAACUGUACAGAAGUACUUUGCAUUGAACGAAGAAAAGAGGCCCAAGGUCGUCGGAGCAGCAUGGUUGAAGGAUUGUAGGGAUGCCGCCACUCAUCUGGGGGAAGAACCUUACUUGGUUGACAUG